ACUUCCGCUUCCUGCUGAGUCGGGUAGGCGGCGCGCAGCCAGACCAGGCCCAGGGCGGGCAGUAGUCUGUGUCCUGCAGUAGAAGCAGCGGUCUCAGGCCUGGGGGCUUCCGGGCUUCCGAGAGAGGCUGGGUGGGCGGCAGCGGGCAAAUGCGGCCACCAACGCCGCCCCCAGGCCCCACCACGGCCCCAGGGCGCGAAGGCGAUGCCCGAGGCCUGAGGAAGCGAAGCCUUCCGCUGACGCCAGAGUCAGGCGAGGUGGGAGGCUGCAGGCUUGAGGCCAAGGGGCACGAGGAGGAGAGCAGGCAGAAGAGGAGAGUGGUGGCCCAGGCUUCUGGGAGAGAAGAGACAGAAGGUGACAAGCUGGCCAAAGAAAAAAGAAAAGUUACUGAAGCCCCAAAUGAUGGUCCACCACCAGGGACUGACCUGGUAAGAAAGGCAUCAUUAACCAGUUCGGAAUCUUUACCAACAGUGGAGUGCAGUGAAUUUCAGAAUAUGGCUUUCUUACAGUCUUUGGCUAAGGAAGAUUUGGUAGAAGGUAUUAAAAGAAGAAUUCGAAUUAAAAAAUGUAAAAGUUUAGAAAAUCCACCUCUCAAAAUAACUAAGAACGAGGCAACACAAAAUGUUAAGGUUGACUUCCAAGAUGAACUGUACAAGAAUACUCCAAAAUAUUCUUGUAACAGCUUAUCACCUGGAGUGGAAAAAAAUUGCAGUUUUGAAUCCCAUGAUUACAGUUUCCUCCAUUCUGAGGGUCUUAAUAAUGAAAACAACUUUGAACAUAAACCUCAUGGUGUAUGUAUGCACAUAGCAGAGAACUCUUCGAAGUUAAAGAAAGAAAACCUUAGGAAUCUUGUGGAGAAGAAUGACACAAAAACUACUACUAAGCUCUUAAAAACUGAAGAAAAUGCAAUAGCCAGUAAGUUACUGCUUGAAGAAAGUCAUUUAUACCAAAGUAAAAGCAAUGGCUUGAUUUCUUGCCUUCAAAGUGAAAAAACCAAAUAUUCAGUAGAGGAGAGCAGUGUUGGAAGAAAACACAGGAAAAAGAUGAAAUUGUCUGAAAAAGAAGAAAAAAUUAUUGAUCUUAAUUUCUCUAAUGUGUGUAACAAUUCUGAGUUGGUGUUACAAAAAAACCAAAUGGAUGUGGAAGGGAAAGAAACAGAGACCUUAGAGCCUAAAAAGAGUUUUCUAAAAGCUUUAAAAAAAAUAAACCAUAACACACUCUCUCCGGUGGACCAUUUAUGUCUCCCAGAAACAGUAGGGAAAACAAGUCCCAGACAUCAGGUAAAUGCUGUGUUUCAGAAAACCCUUGAUUCACAUUUGAAAGAAGAUAGAAAAAACGCUUCAGAGUCCUUAGGAUGCAGAAGUAUGGAGCCAGAAGAAUAUUUUAAAUCUAUGAUAAGCUCUGCAGUGAAAUCACCAAGUGAUGGUCACCAUAUGGGAAAAAGAUCUCCAUGGGGAGAGUUGAGAAAUGAAACUGAAGAGUCAAAGGUAAGCUGUCGCAGAAUAAUACCAAUGACUGGUAAAAGAACUUGGCCUUUUUAUUCUUGUGCUAGAAUAUCAGCCCAGUGUUGGAAAAAGACUUCCCUGUCAGAUUUAAAUUACUCGCUUCCAGGGUCUGUGGAAAAUGUUAGGCAACAUGAAUCUGUCAUACACCAAGUGAAUGAAACUCACUUAACUGACUCCAAACUGUUACAACAGUCCUUAACAGAAGGAACCAGUGAGUCCUCAAGUAAAGAAAUGUACAACCCUGAUUUAAAUUGUUUGUCUUCAGUUUCUUCAGCAGAACCUACUUUGAUGGUUAUAAAGGAAGCUAUACCCAGUGAUAAAAAGAUAAAGUUAGAGGAACCCAGCAGAAAUGGGACAGAGGUAGUUCCUAAUACUACUGAAGACACCCAAUUAAUUAAUGUAACUCAAAGCUUAACAGGAAAUAAGAAAAAGAGAGGGAAUUUAUCGAAACUUAAUUUGACAGUGUCAUCCCAAGAGAGCCAGGAAGCAAAUAACUUUGCAAACAAAACUGUUCAUCGAAAAGCUUGCAUUAGUAAGCAGACACUUGUGGCUCCGGACUUGGUUAAAAUAUUAAACACAGGACGGCUGACUAAUUUUAAAAUCCCUUUACUGAAGAACAAGACAGGAAAAAGAAAAGAAUUAAAUGCCAGGUCAUGUGAGAGAGAAGCUUACAGCCCCCUAGAGCUACUAGACAGUUUAUCUGGAAUAGAAGCAAAACAAAACAGGAAUAAGGAAAAUAUCUGCACAGCAACUUCAGGACCUCAGUCUUUGAAUAUACAUAAUAGUGUAAUUCCAGGGCAAGCUAGUUCUCACUCCUUCUACAAUAAGAAUUCCUGCAUUUCUCCAAGCUUUGCAAAGAAAUGUUAUGAUAAUAAAGCAUAUAAUCACAUCUCUGAACCAGACAGUAUUUUUUCUAAUAAGGAGUCUAUUUCUCUUGAAAUUGAAAAUAAUACUUUUUCUUGUGAUCUUGGGUAUAUUGAGCAAAGUUCAUUCUGCUCUAAGGAACAAGAAGCAUUUGUGCCAGUUUCUUCUGAAGUUCGUGGUAGAGAAAUGACUAAAAGCAUUUCAGAACUCAAACUGGGGUUUCCAGAUAUCCUUAAAGCAUAUGAAGAUGAUGUCCUCUUGAUUGAUGUAAUUCAAGAUGACCCGGACCUCUUUGGAAUCUCCAGUGAAGGGGAGCUCUCAUUUGCUUCAGAAGACUCCAAGAUAAGCCAGGAGCCCAGUGUCCCCGAGGAGCAUCCACCAGCAGACUUUAAACCCAUGCAACUUCCAGGGACAAAAGAAUCAGGUGAUUUGAGUAAAGAAGUUGCCUUGCUGGACCCUGGAUUGCUGAAACCGGAGAUCUGUCCUUCCUUGUCAGCAGCAAAGGAGCCACAACAUGAUCCUAAAGGUGCAGCCAUCUCCUUAGAAGCUACUGAGGAGACUGUUGUAAGUGAAAGCCUCGGAGACCUCAGUGAACAAGCGAGAACUUCAGACUCAGAUGCAAAGGGCAGCAGUUCAGACAAGGCAACUAUUAAAGAAGAGCAAGAGAAUACUCAGGAAGUUUGCGAAAGCAAAGAUCCUAAAGAUGCAGAGGCUGUGGUUAAUGAAUGUCAGUUAGUAACACUGGACCCCAAACCUCUCUGCUCAUCAGUCCUUCCUUUGAAUCUAAGCAGUCAUCAAGAAGACGCAGUACCAAUUCCCUGGAUGAAUGAUUUCAGAUUUCCAGCAAGACAUUCUGUCCUACAGCUGAAGAAUCCUGAAACAUGUGAAAUAUUUAAAAGAGAAAAAAAUAUGGGGGUGUUCCAGAAGCCCUUAGGGUUGGUGAUACCCUAUAGAUACUGCAAAUUUCAUUUUAAUACAUUACGUGGCUGUGAGCGAGCACAGUGCAAAUUUGUCCAUGUGCCUGAGCAGGGAGAUGAAAAGAUCUGCAUGGAUGUUUUUAGGAAAUACAUAAGUCUCAAUGAGCAGCGUUUGCUACAGCGAGCAGCACACAUAUUUCUGGAGUACUACAGAAAGUUUCCCCCAGGGAUACACUUCAACUUACAAGUGCUAAAUGACCUUCUGAUUUCUUUACUCAAGCAUUGUUUAUUGAAAGAAGUCUUUCAGAUCGUGAAGCUCAGCAUUAUGACUAAAAUGCUGCCUGCUCUGAAAAUAUUACUAAAAAUAUUUGAGUAUGUGGCAGCUAUGAAGUUAAGGAGUGCUGUGCCUGCUUUAAUUGAUAUUCUUUGCAAGUUCAUUGAUGCUGGGAUGGUGCCUGACUCAGAGCAUUUGAACUAUAUUGUCAAGCUUUUGUACCAAACACAGGCAUCCCAACAAGACAUAGCUGCAGUUCUGGAAGCCAAAUCCAGGUUACGAGUGAGGCAACUGAAAAAGAACUGGAAGUGUGAUUUAGACUCAGCCUUGAGUGAAGUGGAGACUUGUAAAGAAAAAGGUGACUGGACCAAAUUGGGAAACCUGUACAUUUGCAUAAAAAUGGGCUGUGAAGAAUUUGCAGAUUUCCAGAGAUUCUGUGCUUGUGUUGCUGAAACGCUCACAAAAGAUAAUAAAGAAGAAAGGCCAGGUGUUCCUUUUUGUGAAUUUGCUGAAACAGUUAGCAAAGAUCCACAGUUCAGUGAGGUGGACAAGACUUUGUUGGGGAGGAUCGGAAUAAGUGCUGUGUACUUCUAUCACAGACUGCUGCUGUGGUCCAAGGGAAGGAAGGUCUUAGAUACACUAUAUGAGCUAAAAAUACAUUUUACAAGUUUAAAAGGACUUACAGGACCUGAGAAAGUAGCACCAAGAUGUCAAAUUGUGAAUGUUGCAGCAGAAAUUUUUAUCAAAAGCGGGAGCCUAGAUGGUGCUAUUUGGGUACUGAGGGAAUCGGAAUGGAUAAUCAACACACCACUUUGGCCUUGUGAUACAAUGGAUGUGCUUAACCGGCAUAAUUUGCUCUGUGCCAUUGCACAUCAACUCCUGGGCAAGAAUCUGUACCGACAGACAUUUGAGGUUUUCCGGAAUCUACCAGGCUUUCAGAACUCUCAAGAAACUGUGGAGGUUUCCCAGUAUAGUCUUCUUUUUAAUAAACUUCUAGAUGCCUGUAUAGAAAGUAACAGUCUUGUCAUAUCAUCUUCUGUAGCGGAGUUCAUGGUUUCGAAAAGCAUCCCUAUUGACUUUUCCUUUCUCAGGAGACUAAUCACUUCCUUAGGAAGGAGUUGUUUGUGGCUCAAAGCCAGGGCCCACUACAAAAGUGCUCUUUCCCUGGGUUGCUACCCACCAUUAGAGGAAAACUUAUACCGGAAACUUCUACUGGUUCCCUCCUAUUUAUCCGAGAUUGAAAUGCUUUUAGCUAUCGAAAUAUUUCUGGUGUCUAAUGCUGUUAGUAUUCAGAGCCCAGGAACUUCCACACAAGUGCUACAGAUCGUUUUGAAAAGAUGUGAAGAAAACAAAUCUCGAAGCAAGGAUGACUAUCAGGCUGCAGUAGAAAGAUUGAUCAUGGCUGCUCGUAUAUCAGACCCCAAGCUUUUCAUGAAGCACAUGACUGUCAACAUGAACAAGGAGCAGGUGUACAGUUUGGAGCGUUGUUCUGCCCUGAAAUGGUUGAAAGAGAAUAUGAAGUGGGCUGGGAAGGUCUGGCUUUUCACCAACCAUUAGUUAAUAAACGUGUUGUUGUUGGGUUUUUUUUUUUUUAAGUUUAAGUAAUCAUUGUUGAAAAUAAAAGACAAUAAAAAUAGCUCUCAUUGUAUUCAGCAUUUGUAUCUUAUUGACACUAGAAGUUAUCAAAGUUUCAAGCAAUAAAAAAUUUCAUUUGCUUGCAGUGGUUUUAUUAACAGUAAAAAGUG